AUGCACACCAGUGCCCCUGGCCCCGCGCCCGGCACGGCGCUCGCCUCCGACUCGCGCUCGCUCGCGGCCGCGCUGCGCGACGCCUCGGUGUCGCGCGUGCUCAUCGCCGCGCGGCGCCUCACAUUGGACCCGGUCGACUUUGGUCUCCGACCCCGCAUCGUCAUAUCGAGGCCGGUGGAGAUCUCCGCCUGCUCACCUGAGCCAAACAGGCCCGCGGCGCGCGGCGGCGGAGGGAUACUCGACCUGGUCGGAGGCCGCUCAGCCGACCUUGCCGCCGUCGCCGCCGGCGGCGCCCUCGCGCUCUCCGGCCCCGCGCCGCGCGGCGCCGGCGCUCCUGCCACGCCGACGGCAUCUUACGGCGAGCGGCCGGAGGGGGGCACGCUGCUGCUGGGGCUGUUUGACGUGCGCAGCUUCGGGGCGGUGACGCUGCGUGACGUCAUCGUCCGGUCAAACAGCCGGGUCAACACGACGCUGUCCCUCCUGGGUUACCCGGCCGCCGCGCGGCCCCAGAUUCAGCCUCUUGUGCGGCGAGGCGCGGCUGUGCUGAUUCCUCAUUGGUCGCUGAAGCAGGCAGCCCGGCCCGCGGGCGCGCGCGGUAGCGCCGACGCAGGCCUGCGCAUGCAUGGCGCACACGACGCCCCCGCGCGCGAGCGGCGGCUGCGGGGGCGGCGUCUGAAGGCGGCAGGCCCAGGUGGAGCGGACGCCGCCGCUGCAGCUGAAACUGGCGGCGGCGGCGGAGCGAGCGGCGGCGGCGUGGCGUGCCGCAGCGGGGACGAGCUGCAGCGGCUGCUGCAGGACCCCUCUGUGUCGCGCAUCGCGCUGCUUGGGGGGCCGAUUGCGCUGGACGGCCCGGCGUGGCGCACGGGGGCCGGCUUGAGCAUCACCCGGCAGGUGGGUGAGAUGGCGUGCGCGGGUGCUUGUGCUCAACGGCAUCCGCUGGCGUUGCGGGCGUGA